CGUCCAGUCCAAGCCAAUGGUGAUCCGCACGACUGGUUUCAUGAAGGGCCUGUACAGCGACUCUGAACUCAAGUCCGACAACGUGAAGGAUAAAGAUGCCAAAAUUGGCUUCCUGCAGAAGGCCAUCGACGUGCUGGUCCUGGUCUCUGGGGAGCCGCUGAGCGCCAAGCCCGCACGCAUCGUGGCUGGCCAUGAGCCUGAGAGGACCAACGAGCUGCUGCAGAUGCUGGGGCGCUGCUGCCUCAGCAAGCUCCCCAGUGAGGACGCUGUGCGGAGAGUUCUGGCUGGAGAGCGGGGCGACUGGAAAGGCAGGGCCGCCAAGUCCCAGGAGACAGAUAACAAGGGCCUCAAGGAUGGGGCCCCCCGGCCGCACAAGGACAAGGAGGAGAGAAGGAACUCCGGGACAGAGGAAAGCCCCGGCCCCGAGCAGAGACCCCCGGCGGAGCCCAGGGAAGAGCGCCCACCCCGGGACAAGGAGCGAGCGCGGCCCCGCGAGCCCCCCGAGAAGGAGAGCAGGGGCAGGGCCAGACCGGAGCGAGAGCGGGCCCACAGGGACCGCACAGUGGAGCGGCCGCAGCGAGACAAAGAGCGGGCCAGGGAGCGCGACAGGGACCGGGACCGGGACCGACGCAGGGCCAGGAAUGGAGGCCCUGCCCGGGACCCCAUGAGGGACCCCAAUGGAGAGCACUCGAGGCCAGAGAAAAAGUCUGCAGGCGCAGGAGCGGGGUCUAAGAAGCCAGCAGACGGGCCUCUCAGAGACACCAAGGCCGAGGUGGAGACUGAGGUCUCCCAGUUGCAGACGACAAAGGCGUCGAAACGGCGGUCGAAAACCUCCGGGGAAGGAAGAAAGGAAGGGAGUGUCCCGUCUAGAGCUGCAGAGCCUGCCUUGGCAGCGUGCGGACCAGAUAGCGAAGCAGGUCAGGCCACGGCAGCCCCAGAAGGAGGGGCCCAAGAUGCUCAUCCUCCUGCCACCAGUGUCUCCAGCGACAGUGCCGCCAUGCUGUGGCCAGAGAGCCUCCUGGCUGGGCCGGCAGCAAAGCCCAAAGGGGACUCUGCCAGCGAUGCAGAGAGAGAAGUGGGGCCUGCGGACCAAGAGAAGUCUGAGGUGCCCGAGAACGCGGAAGUCCCCAGCGAGCUGGCGUCCAGCCUCAGAAAGACACCUCGGCCGGCUAGCGCCAGACCGGCCCCUCCCCGGAUCAAGCGACAGGAAAGCUCAGAGGUGUUAGCUGUUGACAGGGUGGGCAGUGGCAGGGCGCCGUCUCACGUGAUCACAGACUCGCAGCUCUCGGACAACGAGGAGGACGAGCAGUUUGUGGUGGAGGCCGCCCCCCAGCUCUCGGAAGUGCCCGAGGUGGAAGCGGUGGCAGCCAUGGACCUGGACGAGGACGAGAAGCACGGCGGGCUGGUGAAGAAGAUUCUGGAGACCAAGAAGGACUACGAGAAAGCGCAGCCGUCACCCAGAGCUGGCGAGAAGGAGAAGUCGCUGGUCUACGAGUCAGCCUGGCGGAAGGAGAAGGACAUCGCCUGCAAGGAGAUGGAGAAGCUGCGCACGUCCAUCCAGACGCUGUGCCGGAGCGCGCUGCCCCUGGGCAAGAUCAUGGACUAUCUCCAGGAGGACGUGGAUGCCAUGCAGAACGAGCUGCAGCUGUGGCACAGCGAGAGCCGGCAGCACGCCGAGGCCCUGCAGCAGGAGCAGAGGUCAGCUUGGGGAGUGGGGUGUACUGGGGGCCCUGCAGCAGGAACAGAGCCUCCAAAGCCCUCUGCCCCGGAAUGGCCUGAGCACCAGGAGCAGGCUGGAGACCGGCUGGGCCGCGGACACUCGUUAAUUGUCAAGAAGUUCCCAGCCGUUGUGCAAAAACAAGGUGUCGGCCUGUACCGGAGCUCAGUGGACCACAAGGUGGAGGCGGUCUCUGUGCCCUGA